AUGGCGCAGACGCGAAACUCUGCCGAUGAUGGCAGAGGCAACACAAGCACGGACGUCGUCGGCGACAGGGACAUGGUCGCGGCGCCCGCGGCUGCGGCUGCGACGGCCGGGCCCGACGAGGCGGAGACGGAGAAGGUGGCAGUGGUGGGAGAAGCUUCCAGCCCGCAGGUCUCAGCCCUGAACUCUACCCCGGAUGGCUCCGGCGUGGAGAGGAGAGGAGGCAAUGUCUGGGCAGGCGACGAGACGAGGUCACCCACGCCGUCGCCGUCGAAUUCGGACUGCGAAUCGUACCGCGGCGGCAAGGGACGCGACGGGGUCGUGGAUCUGGUAGUGAAGACGCUCACCUGGACGCCGAGGAAGCUUCGGUACGAUCCCGAGAACCCUCCGCAAUUUACUCUGGCGCUAAACUUUAUGUUCGCUGUCGCGGCGACGUUUACGGUGGCCAACCUCUAUUACAACCAGCCGGUGCUGAAUAGGAUCGCCGAGACGUUCGAAGUCAGCUUUGAGAGGGCGUCGUCGGUAGCGACGUUGAUGCAGGCCGGAUACGCGGCCGGGUUGUUGUUGAUCUGCCCGCUGGGCGACAUGGUGCGGCGGCGGCCAUUCAUCUUGGGACUCAUUUGGGUGACGGCCAUGCUCUGGCUCGGCCUCUGCGUGACAAACUCCUUCGAGGCAUUCCUGGGCCUCUCUUUUAUCGUCGGUGCCACGACUGUCACGCCGCAGCUCAUGCUCCCGCUCGUGGCCGACAUGGCCCCAGCGCACAGGAAAGCAAGCUCACUGUCCAUCACGACGUCGGGCCUGAUGCUCGGCAUGCUCAUCGCGCGGCUCCUGUCGGGCAUCGUGGCCAACUACACGUCGUGGCGCACCAUCUACUGGGUCUCGUUCGGGGCUCAGUACGCCAUUCUCAUCCUGUUGUUCUUCUUCCUGCCGGACUAUCCGUCCAAGAACCCGGACGGACUGAACUACUUUCGCGCGCUGUGGACGAUUGUGACCAUGUUAUUUACGGAACCUGUUCUUGUGCAGGCGUGCUUGAUAGGGUUCUUCAUCAGUGCCAUCUUCACGUCGUUCUGGACGACGUUGACGUUCCUGCUGGCAUCGCCGCCGUACGAGUACUCGUCCAUCACGAUCGGACUAUUCUCGCUCAUCGGCAUCGCGGCAAUCUGCGGCGGGCCGGUUUACGGGCGGCUCAUCAUGGACCGAUACGUGCCGUUCCUGUCGUCGGUGCUGGGUCAGGUAGUCAUUUUCGUCGGAUGCGUGGUGGGCGCCUUCACGGGCGAGUUCACGGUUGCGGGACCUGUCGUCCAGGCGAUCUGCAUCGACAUGGGCAUCCAGACGGCACAGACAGCGAACCGGACAUCUAUCUACACCAUCAACGCCAAGGCGAGGAACAGGGUCAACACCGCGUACAUGGUGUGCGUGUUUUGCGGACAGCUGACAGGGACAGCGGUGGGCAACAGGCUGUAUGCGCAGGGCGGCUGGAAGUACAGCGGAGGCGCAUCUGUUGGUUUCAUCGGCCUAUCAAUUAUCAUCACCAUGCUCAAGGGCCCAAGGGAGACGAGGUGGGUCGGCUGGAGCGGCGGGCACAAGCUGCGCAGAGACGACGUCGCGAAGAAGCCGGAGCCGGUGUCGCCCGAAGAUGGACGAGGGACAAUGAGGGCGGAAGGGGAGGAGGAGACGACGGGGGAAAAGAGGCCGGAGACCGGAGCCGAUCACUCAGUGGCGCGAUGA